CAGACACACAAAACUGAACAGUGAACACUCACUCGCUUUUCACUAUGGCCGCUCCCAUUUUCUUCUGUCUACAAUUGCUCUGCUUCGCCUUCACAGUCAUCCGAACGCGUGCCCAGCCCCCGGGCACGUGGGAACUCCUGGUGCAGAACGCCGGCAUUGCCUCUAUGCACACCGCGGUCACCCGGUGGAACACCGUGGUCCUUAUCGACCGGACUGACAUCGGCGCGUCCAAUUUAUCCCUCCCAAACGGCGUAUGCCGCAUCGACCCAAACGACCUGGCUUUAACGACCGAUUGCUAUGCCCACUCCGCUCUCCUCGACCUCGAAACCAACACAAUCCGUCCCCUCAUGAUCCUCACCGACACUUGGUGCUCCUCGGGCCAUUUCCUCCCUGACGGCACCCUACUCCAUUCCGGCGGCUGGAACGACGGCAACACCAAGUUCCGAACAUUCACCCCCUGCAUAAACACUUCCGCUUGCGAUUGGGAAGAGCUUCCGAACACCACGUCGCUGUACCAAGGGCGAUGGUACGCUACCAACCAGAUACUUCCCGACGGUUCUAUCAUAAUAGUCGGGGGCAUUGGCAUCAGCAGCGUGGAGUAUUACCCCCCGAAACCUGGCGGCGCAAUCAAUUUUCCAUUCCUUGCCAAUGCAGGAGACAACGAGGGGGAUAAUAUGUAUCCAUACGUUCACCUUCUCCCUCAAGGAAAUCUGUUUAUAUUUGCUAACAAUCAAUCUGUGUUAUACGAUUAUGUUAAUAAUACUAUUGUACUAGAUUUUCCUCAGUUGGAGGGGGGGCCACGUAGUUAUCCGUCUGCAGGAUCCUCAGCUAUGCUAGCAUUGGAAGGGAAUUAUUCCACGGCCACGAUCAUCAUUUGUGGUGGGGCCCAGUACGACGCCUUUAAUAAUCAGAGUGUGAAUAGUACAGCCAAGGGGAGUUGCGGGCGGAUUGUGGCGACGGAUCCCAACCCAGUUUGGGAGAUGGAGGAAAUGCCGUUAGUUCGGAUAAUGGGGGACAUGGUAAUGCUACCAACAGGAGACAUAUUAAUCAUCAACGGGGCUCAAGCGGGGUCGCAAGGGUACGGAUUGGCAACAAACCCAUGUUUGAACCCGGUUCUAUACCAACCUGACCAACCUGAGGGAUCCCGGUUUAUGACGCUAAACCCCGGUUCAAUCCCUAGAUUAUACCACUCGACCGCGAAUUUAUUGCCCGAUGGGAGAGUUUUGCUUGCCGGAAGUAACACGCAUUACUACUACACUUUUGACUGGGAUUUUCCGACGGAGCUUAGAAUCGAGGCGUUUUCGCCGGAGUAUUUGGCGGCAGACAACGUGAAUUUGAGGCCGGUGGUGACAAAGACGCCAAAGACGGUGCAGUACGGGAAUCUUUACAAUGUGUAUGUAACGGUGUUGUCGCCAAUAUUAGAAGACUGUGAGGUGGAGGUGAAUUUUGCAAGUGCGCCUUUCGCUACCCAUUCGUUUUCGCAAGGGCAGAGAUUGGUAAAGUUGGGUGUCACUCGUGUCGUGUCGCAAGUUAAUGGAGACUACAGGAUCGUGUUUCAGGCGCCGCCCAAUGGGAUGGUGGCACCGCCAGGAUAUUAUAUGAUGUUUGUUGUUAACCAGGGAGUGCCGAGUGUUGCUCGUUGGGUCCAAUUGACCUCCUAA